AUGUCGCCUUCUAAACCUUUCAUCCUCUUCUUCAACGCCAUCCGCCACGCCCAACCCAUCUACGCCAAGCUCCAAGACGUAGCCCACACAGGAGUGAUCACCAGCGAAAGCAGAACGGAGUUCUUCCACGCCCUGCAGACGAAAUACAAGAACAUAUUCGCCAUCUACUGCACCUCAGCCAGCGGGGCCACCCACGCGUCCAUCAUCCGCGACAUCUUCACCGAAAUCGCCACUACCUGCCCCGCAGCCAUCGCCUGCAUCGUCAUCAACCAGCCCGGUCAACUACACCGUCCCCAUCGCUGUCGCGACCCUGCAACAGGCUGGGGUCCUCCAGCCCGCGCGGCUGUUCGGCGUGACAGCCCUCGACGCGGUGCCUUCGCCGGCCAGGCAUUGGACACUGACCCAACGCGUCCCCGCGUCCUUGUGGUAGGAGGGCACAGCGGCGCGACGUUCGUGCCGCUGUACAGCCAGGCGCAACCGCCUAUCUACGCCGAGGAGGCAAUUCUUGCUGGUCUUGUGCAUCGGGUGCAAUUCGGCGGUGAUGAGACUGUCACGAGCAAGCAGGGAGCCGGGAGCGCCACGACGUGCAUGGCGUAUGCGGGAUUCCAGUUUGUCAAGGCUGUGCUGGCCGGGUUGCGGUGGGAGGAUGUCACUGGGGAGGCUUUUGUGUGUUUACCUGGUAUUAAAGGGGGAAGAGAGACUGCGGAGGAGCUUGGGGUGGAGUAUUUCGCUGUGCGGACGAUUCUGGGGCCGGAGGGUGCGAGUAGGGUUCUCCGUUUGGUGAUUUCGAUGGGAUCUGAUUAA